AUGCUGACAGCCACAGAUUGCAAAACGUUACAAGGUCUUGGGGAGCCGUUCGUCUCUAAAGCCUUGUUUGUGAUGCAUGGUUUUGUCUCAGACGAGACGAAUUCCAUGCUCCCCAGAUUCUUACCCCGUGGCCAACGUGCGUGCUGUAGACAAGGGUUCCUGGCCUCAAAAGCGCUUUCCAAGUGCAUCAAGUCGGGUCAUCGAGAGGUCAUUUGCACGUUUCAGCUAUCAAUAUACCAUACCAUCAGCCAAUGUGUUCGUACAUUCCACCAGGAUUCCCGUGGUAAAGGCUCCAUGCCGCCACAAACAGUGGCUGCAGCUUGCCCGCAGCUCCUGGACGAUGCCUGA